AUGAUGCCGGCAUGUGCGGCACCCGCAGUGACGGCCGCCGUGUCCUCUUCGUGCAGCCGCGAGGACCCCGCGUCGGUGGGCCACACCACACUCUCCUCCGGAAACAGCGAGCAGACGCGGCCGAUCAUGGCGGAGCGCUACAAGACGAAGAUGUGCCGCAACUACGUGGAGACCGGCGCCUGCCCCUACGAGACACGCUGCAUGUUCGCCCACGGCGCGCACGAGCUGCGCACGCCCGAGAUGAAUAUCCGUGAUGGCCUCAUCACGGAGGAGGCAAUCCGCUUGUACCGGCGGCAGCUGCGCCACGCCACGCUGUAUGGCGGCGGCUGCGAAUACCCGGCGCCGCCGUACGUGUACGACGCGGCCUACGGCUGGAGCUAUGGCCACGGCGGGCCGGUGCCAAUGGCGUUCGCGUAUGCGCACAACCCGUACGCCAGCGACGUGCUGCCACAGGAGUGCCGCCUCUACAGCCGCGCCCCAACGUGCUCGACGACAGGACUGCUGCCGCUUCCGCUUCCGCCCCCACCGCAGUACGAAGAGGAGCAGCAGCGGCGGCNGACAGGACUGCUGCCGCUUCCGCUUCCGCCCCCACCGCAGUACGAAGAGGAGCAGCAGCGGCGGCAACCGUGCGACGACGUGGUGGUGAAUGCGCGGACGGUGGUGACGGCGAUGCCGCGUGCCCGCUCCGUGCAGCGCGACGACGACGACGCGGAGUUCUCUACCUGCAGUAGCGUCGGCAGCGACUCCGGGGAGCACCAGCAGUUCGCCGCGGAUAGUGUGUGCACUAAGCAGCAGCAGCUUAGUCAGGAAGAUGAUGAGGGUACAGAAGCUGACUUGUGGUAG